AUGAAAAAUUGUUCACUUAACCGUGUGUUAUGUUCUUACUCACACAGUUUGUGCCGGUCAAAUAAAAGCCCGUGGGUCUGUCUGACGUGCUCCAGUGUCCAUUGUGGAAGAUACGUGAAUGGCCAUGCAAAAAAGCAUUAUGAAGAUGCACAAAUUCCUAUGACCCAUCAUAAGAAAACAGAAAAACAAGAGAAAGUUCAGCAUACUGUGUGUAUGGAUUGCAGUAGUUACAGUACAUACUGUUAUCGCUGUGAUGAUUUUGUAGUCAAUGAUACCAAGCUGGGCCUCGUACAGAAGGUCAGAGAGCACCUACAGAACUUGGAAAAUUCAGCCUUUACAUCAGACAGACAUAGGAAAAGAAAACUCUUGGAAAACUCAUCUCUGAACAGCAAAUUAUUAAAAGUAAAUGGAAGCACCACUGCCCUUUGUGCCACAGGCCUUCGGAACCUGGGGAAUACAUGUUUCAUGAAUGCAAUCCUUCAGUCACUCAGUAACAUUCAACAGUUCUGCUGUUACUUCAAAGAGUUGCCUGCUGUGGAGCUGAGGAAUGGGAAGACUGCAGGCAGGCGAACUUACCACACCAGGAGCCAGGGGGAUAACAAUGUUUCAUUGGUGGAAGAAUUCAGAAAGACGCUCUGUGCUUUAUGGCAAGGAAGCCAAACUGCAUUUAGUCCAGAGUCUUUAUUCUACGUUGUUUGGAAAAUCAUGCCAAAUUUUAGGGGAUAUCAGCAACAGGAUGCCCACGAGUUCAUGCGUUACCUUUUGGACCAUCUACACCUGGAACUCCAGGGUGGCUUCAAUGGCGUCUCACGUUCAGUAAUUCUGCAAGAGAACUCCAGCCUGGCUGCGAGCAACAAGUGUUCCAUAAAUGGAGCAUCUACUGUUGUCACAGCAAUUUUUGGAGGCAUUCUUCAAAAUGAAGUCAACUGCCUAAUAUGUGGGACUGAAUCUAGAAAGUUUGAUCCAUUCCUAGACCUUUCGCUAGAUAUUCCAAGUCAGUUCAGAAAUAAACGUACUAAAAAUCAAGACGGCGGACCAAUGUGCACGCUACGAGAUUGUCUUCGCAGUUUUACAGACCUGGAAGAACUUGAUGAGACAGAGCUGUAUAUGUGUCACAAAUGCAAAAAGAAACAGAAGUCCACCAAAAAAUUCUGGAUUCAGAAACUACCAAAGGUGCUAUGCUUACACUUGAAACGAUUUCACUGGACAGCAUAUCUGAGAAACAAGGUUGAUACAUAUGUUGAGUUUCCCUUACGAGGCCUAGACAUGAAAUGCUACUUGUUAGAGCCUGAAAACAGUGGUCCAGAAAGCUGCCUGUACGACCUUGUGGCUGUUGUGGUGCAUCAUGGUUCAGGCGUUGGCUCUGGACACUACACCGCGUACGCAGCCCACGAAGGCCGUUGGUUCCAUUUCAACGACAGUACUGUAACCUUGACCGACGAGGAGACUGUGGUAAAAGCCAAGGCCUACAUCCUCUUCUAUGUGGAACGGCAAGCCAAAUCUGGAUCAGACAAACUUUAAUACCUCCUUUUAAUUCUUACUUAUCAAGUCCACCGGACAAAACAUUUCCAUUUUUCCAUAAAUACUUGAUCCAAGACUAUUAAUUUCAUUGUGCACUUUCCAAUUUCCUCUCGUGGGUUUUAGUUUUGUUGUGUCAAUGGUAGCAUUCGACUUAACUCGGACACAGACUAACUUUUUUUUAGUUAUACCAGAAAACCUCAGCAGAUUUUGAUUUGCUGCUUUAGUUGCGAUAACUCGAUUUUUAUAUAUAUAGUUUCAUGAAAUAGUUAUUUGACUUUUUUAUAUUAAUGUUUUCAGUUCUCACUUUCUAAAGGCACAUUUACAUCAGAGAAGCUUUCUGUCCUCCUUGCAAGCAAGAUAAAUGUACUUCUGAUUAUGAAAAGCAAUACAACUUCAUGCUGUUCUUACAGCUGUUAUGUAGAUAUGAUUUAAUCUCUUUAAAUCAAAGAAUUGUUUGCACGUACUAUCUUCCCUCGUGCAAGAAACUAAAUGAUGACCUCUGAACAAUCCAUUGUCUGCUGAAG